GCACUCACGGGCAGUCGACCAACGAAACUAGUUUGUGUUGUCAGGCGCCGGCUUUCGGGCACGCUUGCGUUAAAUCGAAGCGUGAACUUUCGAUGUCGUGAAUAAAAACUGUUUUAAACUCUGAUAAAAAACUUUUUGGUGAAUUAACAGUGUCUCUUUCUUAGCAGAAAAAAAAAGAAAGUGGUGUUUACUUUUUAAGUUUCGAAUUUCGAACACUGAAUUCGAAGAAUAUAAUUGAACCUCGAUUCUCGAUUAUUUUUUAUUUUUAUUGUGAACUUUUUGCACGCGAACUUUAUGGUUUGCGGGAAAAGGUAUUUUACAGUGUCGUCAGAGUUAUAACAGUCGUUUAAGGAGCGAGAUGCGCGAGAGUCUGCGUCGGCUCGCGUCGGACGAGCUCGUGGCGCGCAGCAUCAUGGGCGGCAAGCGGCGCGUGCGCGUCGAGCUGUUGGACGGAGAGCACAUCAACGUUGACAUCGACCGCAAGGCCCGCGGCUCCGAACUCCUGGACCGCGUGUGCGAGGACCUGGACGUGCGGGAGCGAGACUACUUCGGGCUGCUGCAUCAGCAGCGCGCCGACCCUCGCGUGUGGGUCGACCUCAACCGCCGCCUGUCCAAGACCUUCAGAAAUGAACCAUGGGACGUGAUUCUAGCAGUGAAGUUCUACCCUCCUGAGCCCUCAGAAUUAAGAGAUGACGUCACUAGGUAUCAAAUCAGCUUGGCUGUCAGAAGAGAUCUCUUGGAAGGCCGCCUCACCUGCUCUACCAUCACGUAUGCGCUGCUAGCCUCCUACGUCCUGCAAGCCGAAUUGGGUGACUCCUCCGGCGACAUUGCACCCUCCGCCCUCACAGAACUGCGAGCCGCACCGUUGCACGCACUCACGCCUGACCUGGAGGAAAGAGUACGGGAACUAUACUCCAAGCACAAAGGUCAAACCCCAGCGGAAGCGGAGCUGAACUACCUGGAGAACGCCAAGAAGCUGUCUCUGUACGGCGCCGAGCUGCACUGUGCGCGAGACCUGGACGCUGUGGACAUCGUGCUGGCCGUCUGCGCUAGCGGCGUCUCCGUCUACCGCGACGGAGUCCUAAUGAACCGCUUUCCCUGGGCCAAGAUCACGAAGAUCUGCUACAACAAGCGCAACUUCACGCUCAAACUGCGUCCCAGCGAGUUCGAUGACUUCGAGACAGCGCUGUCUUUCAAACUACCCUCCACGAGGGCUUGCAAGAAGCUGUGGAGGUGUAGUGUGGAACACCACAUCUUCUUCAGACGCGAGUCCCCAGUAAAGGUGGAGCGCAUAGCCGGCUUCCCACGCCUGGGCUCACGCCGCGUGUCGUGUCGCCGCACGCUACGCCAGAUGCGCGCCGAGCCGCCGCCGCCGAGGGCCGUCAUCGCCUGACAGUUGACACUGACAGCUCACUGACACUGACAGUCACAGCUCGCGCGCGCAGAGGAAUGGCCGAUUGCAUUUUGGCCAUUAGAAACUGCAGAAAACAAAAAAAAAUGUGUUGUUGGAACUGUGAAAUCGAAUUGCAAAAGUAUUAUUUUUGUACUCUUGUAUUUUUCUCUGUAGUAGUUAUACUUUACAGCUGGCGCACUUUUUUAGUCUUAUAAAAAGUUUUUUGUAUUCUAUAUUUUUGCGAUAAUUAAAGUAUCAUAAAAUAAAUAAUGUCAUGUUUAGAAAUUUCAAUUCCGCAUUUAAGUUAAUGCAAAAGAAGUGUUAUUUUAUAAGGAUAGUAAAAUUACGACACGACAACUUUGGCGCUAAAAAGACUGUUGUAUUUCAUACUUAGUAAACGAUCGCGAAGUGCCAUUAUAAUGUUAUAAAUUAAUAUUAAGUUAUUGGCAUAAGUAACUCAAAUCGAUUGCCCCAAGUGGGACUAGAACCACAGAAAUGUAUGUAUACAGCCCGAUUGAGCUAACUGCGCUGCAAUCCCUUGCACACCUCUCCUUCUACGAAAAAAGCAAUCCGAAGUUCGUAUAUUUCCAUCCCUCUCACACAAAGCGAGGUGCCAACAUGAGUAACAGUGACAAAUAUCCGAAACUACGUAAACGGCGUUUCGGAGUAGCCCCGAAAGUAUAGAUGACCCACGCUGAACUGUC